AUGCUCCUCCAAACUUUACUCUCCGUCACCGUUACCUGUGUGGCUGUUGCCCAGGCGGCACCACGAACUGGAAUCCUGGCCAGGCUCUGGGACGAACCCGAUGCCAGUGGAUCCCACGAGGAUAUCAGGAACAUCAACUGCCAUAAUCUUAUCCGGCUAGCAGUCUUUUCACUCUACGAGACUGCGGACAUUCUCCGAAUCCGCACAUUGUUCAAGAUAAUGGGCCUAUCGAUGAUCCCAACAUUUACUCCGUCAAGUGCGAGCUUAUUGCAAGGGCCUAAGACUCUAGACACAAUGAUUCAGCUAUGGCGUAGUUUUCUAUGCCCUCAUCGCAGGCCGUAG